CUGCUGAGUCAGCACAGGGAAUUCACGGUUUCUCCACACAUGGAAAUUUCCGAAAAUCUCUUCGAUACCCCACCAUCAACAACUGCCACCUUUUGUCUUUAUUUUCCUCUUCUAAUCUAACCAUGGUGAGUCUAUGUUCCGGAUCGAGUCCCAACUGGAAUACCCGUUGAUGCGCAUAAUUAUCAGAGCAAUCCUACACAAAUCUUUGGCGAGGACGUAACGGAGGAGAGGGGAGAAAAUGCUCGUAAGUCAUAAUCUGCCCCACCAUCGAAGAUCCAACCAAUGCAAUGGUAUCAUGGGAGGGUGGGUGAUUGACGAGAACGAUAGGGCUUUCGGCAUUCGUCGGUGCUAUUGCUGUGGGGGAUUUGGUGAAGACAACUCUAGGUCCUAAAGGGAUGGAUAAAAUAUUACAAUCAGCGUGGGUAUACGGGCCUUCCAGCCGUCAAAGAGCUUGGAAAAUAUUCCCCCCUUUUCCGGGUGAUUUUCUGAUGAGGGAGGCAUAGUUCUACGGGAGAAAUUAUGGUCACGAAUGACGGUGCUACAAUCUUGAAGUCCAUAGCUUUGGAUAAUGCCGCGGCGAAAGUGCUUGUCAACAUUUCCAAGGUUCAGGAUGAUGAAGUUGGAGAUGGGACGACCUCCGUCACUGUUUUGGCUGCAGAGUUACUUCGUGAGGCGGAGAAGCUUGUUGACCAGAAGGUACACCCGCAGACUGUCAUCGACGGGUACAGGAUUGCGUCGGCUUCAGCUCUUGAUGCCCUAAAGAGAAGUGCCGUGGACAAUAGGGGCAAUGCGGAGAAAUUUCGGGAAGACCUUCUGAGCAUUGCUCGGACGACUUUGAGCUCCAAGGUCUUGAGCCAAGAUAAGGAGCACUUUGCAAAGUUAGCCGUAGAUGCGGUCUUGAGGUUGAAGGGAAGCACCAACCUGAACAACAUUCAGAUUAUCAAGAAGGCCGGCGGAAAGCUCAGCGACUCUUACCUCGACGAAGGAUUUAUCUUGGAUAAGAGGAUUGGUAUCAACCAACCGAAGAGACUUGAGAACGCGAAAAUACUCGUAGCGAACACAGGUGGGUUCAGAUCGGCCCCGUCACACUCCCGAAAAAUACCUAACAAGUUGCUAUAGCUAUGGAUACCGAUAAGGUCAAGAUUUUCGGUGCGAGGGUCAAGGUGGAUUCUACGGGGAAGCUCGCCGAGCUCGAGAAAGCAGAGCGUGACAAGAUGAAGGCAAAAGUUGAGAGGAUUAAGGCUUAUGGUAUCAACUGCUUCGUAAAUCGUCAGCUCAUUUACAACUGGCCCGAGCAGUUGUUCGCCGAUGCUGGCAUAGUGUCAAUUGAACAUGCAGACUUUGACGGCAUCGAACGUUUGGCUCUCGUAACCGGCGGUGAGAUCACCUCUACCUUCGACCACCCAGAUGCUGUUAAGCUUGGGCAGUGCGAUCUGAUCGAAGAGGUUAUCAUUGGCGAGGACACCCUCAUCAAGUUUUCAGGAGUUGCGGCAGGUGAAGCAUGCACGGUUGUUCUGAGAGGGGCAACUGAGCAACUUCUUGACGAGGCGGAUAGAUCUCUUCAUGAUGCCCUUUCCGUCCUAUCCCAGACCGUCAUAGAGACUAGGACCGUCCUUGGAGGCGGGUGUUCCGAAAUGCUCAUGUCCAAGGCUGUUGAGAAUGCCGCACACAACACCCCCGGCAAAAAGGCCCUUGCUAUCGAAGCCUACGCUAGAGCACUCCGACAGCUCCCCACCAUUCUCGCAGACAAUGCUGGUUUUGAUAGCAGUGAACUUGUUUCCAAACUCAGGGCUGCUAUCCACAACGGAAUGUCUUGUUCCGGGCUGGAUCUGUACUAUCCCGGAGGUCGUAUCAGCGACAUGAGGGAGCUUGGAGUGGUAAUAUAUAUCCUUGCAUUGCAAGAUCAGAUUCGGUGCUAAUUAUGUUUACACACAGAUUGAGAGUUACAAGCUCAAGAGAGCCGUUGUUUCUUCCGCCUCCGAAGCUACCGAAAUGUUGCUGAGAGUUGAUAGUAUUAUCAGAGCUAAGCCAAGAGCUGUACGACCCCAUACCUCAUCCCCAUCUAUUGUGUUCUACACACUAAUACUAGCUCCUACAGCGCGAUCGACAUUAAUGGGGGAAAUUGAGAACAGUUCCGGAUGAAAAGCAAUAGACUCCUCUUUUAACAGGACUUUUUAUGUAAUUGACAUAGUAAAUCAAAAUUCCCGUUUCCAGUCAUUCGGGCUUUCCAUCAUUCAAAUAGUACAAAUAGGAGUAUAAAUGUAGGUUAUAGUGAAUGUUGAUGUUGCUAUUGAAGAGUCGGAUUUUCUGGAGACCCUCGGUAUGAAAAGACAAGAAAGUAAUUCUGUGGUAUCGAGCCUUCUUCUUCUGUAUGAUAAUUACCCCUCUUGGACGUACCAUCAUGCCGAGAUAUCCCACAUCCAGCACGGUAUUGAUCCCGGCAGAUCCAUCAAGCUCGCUGUGACCACUUGUAUAGGGAUGGGCAUGACUGCAGUGGGAAGCUACUGUGAGAAAAAUCCCCUCUCCUAGGGAAACAGAGGGCACAACUGCCUUCCGCCCGCCCUCCCAGCUCUCUUCAGAAUAUUUUUCUUCUGAGGUAUCAUAUCACGGGGAGCAUCGGUUGAAAGCCAAGGUAAAGCCCAAUUGUCCACGUCUUUCUUCACUAUCGCUAUUACCGGUAGCAAUUGAGUAGGCGCAUUCCCCCAAACAUCCGUCUCACAAUGCAUGCCAUGCUCCAAGCCCCCCUAGAUCACCAAUUCCAGGGGGCAAAAAUAUGGUUACUGUAUGUAUGUCGGUCCCCUCUGACACUGUUCAAGGCAACGGUAAAAAUAAAUAAAUAAACUCCCAGCCAGUUCUUAAUGGAGAUCAGGUAAUUCCUCUGUGCGUCGUGAAAUCACAAGAGAACAACCGAACCCCGCCCGUCGAAAGGAUUCCGAACAAACAAGGCCUAUGCAACUUGCACUGUCUUUGUGAACGC